GUCGUAACGCCUCGGGGAAAGGGAAGCGGAUAGAACCGUGAAUCGCUGCCUCUGGCUUUUAAUUCUUCUGCUGACAGGCGCUGGUCACUGGUUCUUCCUCUUUUGUCUAUUGCACGCAGCCCGCCCUCCCCACUAGCUUUCCCACUCCUCGGAUCCAGCCCUCUGGGCAUUCACGCCGGUUUUCUGAUCCCGCCGUGAGCUCACUCCUGCUCCCCGCGCGGGUCUGGCACGGAGGCGGUAACUAUGGAGAAUAUGGCGGAGGAGGAGGAGGAGGUGGCUCCGGCCCAGGUCCCGACCUCGGCCCCGGACUCGGCUCGGGUCCCAGCUCCGGCCCCGGACUCGGCUCCGACUCCAGCCCCAGCCCCUGCCCUGGCUCCGGCCCCGGCCCCGGCCCUGUCCCCGUCCCCAGCCUCUGCCCCUGACGAGGCUGAAAGCAAGAGACACAUCUCAAUUCAGAGGCAGCUUGCUGAUCUAGAGAAGUUAGCUUUUGUAACUGAAGGUGAUUUUGACUCUGCUAGUUCAUUGAAUUCAGAUCAUCUUGAUGCAGGAAAUAAACAGGCUUGUCCAUUAUGUCCUAAGGAAAAAUUUAGAGCUUGUAAUAGCCAUAAGCUUCGUCGGCACCUUCAAAAUUUACAUUGGAAAGUGUCAGUUGAAUUUGAAGGUUACAGAAUGUGCAUCUGCCACUUACCUUGUCGACCAGUGAAACCAAAUAUUAUUGGAGAACAGAUAUCCAGUAAAAUGGGCGCCCAUUAUCAUUGUAUCAUUUGUUCAGCAACAAUCACCAGAAGGACUGAUAUGCUAGGACAUGUUAGGCGCCAUGUGAAUAAAGGAGAGACUAAAUCCAGGUAUAUUGCUGCUUCUGCUGCUAAACCACCUACUGAAAUUUUGAAAGAGGUAGACACAGAUGUACAAGUUUGUCCUAAUUAUUCUGUACCUCAGAAAACAGAUUCCUAUUUUAAUCCCAAAAUGAAACUAAAUCGGCAGCUAAUAUUCUGUACUUUGGCUGCUCUGGCUGAGGAGCGAAAACCUUUGGAAUGUCUGGAUGCCUUUGGAGCCACUGGGAUAAUGGGAUUACAAUGGGCAAAACAUCUUGGAAAUGCAGUCAAGGUGACCAUUAAUGACUUGAAUGAAAACUCUGUGACCUUGAUUCAGGAAAACUGCCAUUUAAACAAAUUGAAAGUGGUGGUGGACAGUAAGGAAAAAGAAGAGGGUGAUGACAUUCUUGAAGAAGGAGAGGAAAAGCUUGGUAAUAUUAAGGUGACCAAAAUGGAUGCCAAUGUACUGAUGCAUUUGAGAUCUUUUGAUUUCAUACACCUAGACCCUUUUGGAACAUCCGUGAACUAUCUAGAUUCUGCAUUCAGAAAUAUAAGAAACCUUGGCAUAGUAUCAGUGACUUCUACAGAUAUCAGUUCUUUAUAUGCCAAGGCACAACAUGUUGCCCGGCGACACUACGGCUGUAACAUUGUCCGAACUGAAUAUUACAAAGAACUCGCAGCCAGAAUUGUUGUAGCGGCAGUGGCAAGAGCUGCAGCUCGAUGUAACAAAGGCAUAGAAGUACUAUUUGCAGUGGCUCUGGAACAUUUUGUCUUGGUCGUUGUGAGAGUUUUGAGGGGGCCUACUUCUGCAGAUGAAACAGCCAAGAAGAUACAGUAUCUGAUACAUUGUCAGUGGUGUGAAGAGAGAAUUUUUCAGAAGGAUGGUAAUAUGGUAGAAGAAAACCCGUAUAGGCAGCUGCCCUGUAACUGUCAUGGAAGCAUGCCUGGAAAGACAGCAAUAGAACUUGGACCUCUAUGGUCAAGCUCCCUCUUCAAUACUGGAUUUCUCAAAAGAAUGCUAAUUGAAUCUCUUCACCAUGGUUUAGAUGACAUUCAGCCCCUAAUAAAGACAUUAAUCUUUGAGUCAGAGUGUACUCCUCAAAGUCAGUUUUCAGUUCAUUCACCUUCAAAUCUCACCAAGCAAGAAGAAUGUGGUAUAUCUAUUAAAACUACAGAUGAUACCACAACAGAUAAUUACAUUGCACAAGGAAAAAGAAAAUGUAAUGAAACAAUCACAAAUUUAGCCAAGAAACAAAAGGCUGAUGCCAGUACCGAACAUCCUCCCUUUUAUUACAACAUCCACAGACACAGCAUUAAAGGGAUGAAUAUGCCAAAGUUAAAAAAGUUUCUGUGCUAUCUUUCUCAAGCAGGCUUUAGAGUAAGCCGAACUCAUUUUGACCCAAUGGGUGUUCGUACAGAUGCACCUCUGAUGCAGUUUAAAUCUAUCCUUUUAAAGUACAGCACCCCCACCUACACUGGAGGACAGUCAGAGGGCCAUGUCCAAUCUACAUCAGAAGAUACAGUAGCUGACAGGGUUGAAAUGUCAGUGAAUGACAAAGCAGAAGCAAGCAAUUGCAGAAGAUGGUAAAAGUAGAGAAGUGUUUAUUCCCAUACAUCUUUAUAGAUCAUCUGCCUAAUACUUCUCCAUACCAACUGUAGUUCUUUUUUUAUUUUUUCAAUUCAGUGGUGUAAAAAUAAAAAAGUGCUGUUUUCAUUUUAAAAGUA